AUGUCAAAGUUGACCCAAAUACAUCCAUCAUCUUGUUCUUCAAAGUUGACCCAAGCACCUCCUCUCAAAAGAUCUCGACGACGUAAAUCCAAGAAAACGAACCGUCUCUUUGAACGACUUGAAAAACUUCCACUCUCUCUGAAAUUGUUUUUGAUUGUCAUCUUUGCCUUUCUCUCUCUACUUGCAUUUGCAUGUGUUUUAGUUUAUAAGUCAGUGACAGAUAUGCAAUCCUCUGUGGUCAUCACUAAAAUUUCAAGCAUGACUACACUAAUGGCGAACUUGGUGCAUUGUAGCCAGUUGGAGAGAGCAGCUUCUGCCUUGUAUUUGGGGUCAAAUGGAACUGAUUACUUGAAUCUUGUGAUGGAGAGAAGAAAUGCAACUGAUAAGGCAUUGAAUGAUUUUAUGACUCAACGUUACAAGUUAAUCGAUGAACUCAAGACAUCAUCUCCCUUAUUUGGACAAGUACUAAAGAGUUUUGACCUGGUUGAUGAAUUCAUUAAUACAUUGCCAACUUUGAGAGUUAGAGUUUUAAAGUUACAAUUUGUUCAAACUAUUGAAGCCCUUAAUUUCUUCUCAAAUUGGAAUACCAAAAUGAUUGAUACAGUGAUGCUUGUUUCUAGCUUGAGCUCAGAGUCGACAUUUAUGACCAUUCAAUCAGCUUUUAACACCUUAACAGCGAUGAAAGAAUAUACUGGACAAAAACGAGCCAUUGGAAGUGCAGCCUUAGCGUCCCAUUCAAUGCCUUUUGAUAAUUUUCUUCUGUUUGUUCGAACACAAGCAAAAGCAUCACUACUUCAACACUAUCUGCAAUUGAAAGAUGUUUUCUCGAUUUGGGAUAUCUUCAACAAUACUGUUCUGAACACUAAAACACGUGAAUAUUGCUUGACAAUGGAAGCAUACAUUGUUUCAAAUUACAACAAUCUCACUUUAUAUUCAGGAUUGUAUUGGCAUGGAAAUAUGACUCAACACAUCAAUGAUAUGAGACUUGUAGAGAUAUAUAUCAGCAACUUAUCAUUUAGUUAUGCGUCCGAACUUUAUGAAGAUGCUGUUGGUGUAAUGGUCGCAUAUAUAGCCAGUUCUGUUUUUGUCACUUCUCUUUCAAUUACUAUUGCAAUGAUUUUCUCUCGUUCCAUUGCAUCACCAUGGCAUAAAAUUGUUGAGCUUCAACGUCUUCAAGAAUUGUACAAGAGUUUUAUUCCUGCUCAUGUGUUGCUUCAAAUUGAGGCUGAGAAUGGGGAUGAAGAUGAUUACAUGAAAAUAGAAGAUGAUGUUCCAAAAGAGGAAGAUGUGAAAUCAAAAGAUCCCUCCCAUACUUCAGCUAGCAAUAGUACACUUCAAUCAAGUACACGUUACAAUAGCAACAAGAUUGAUUUGGCUUCAAAAUUCUCACUUUACCUUGAAAAAAAGAAAGUUUCAAUGAUUCAAGUUAAAUUUCAAGGAUUGGAAUGGAUUUUAGAUAAUGGAACGCCAAUUGAAAUUAUUGAAAUUCUCAAAGAUAUAUUUGAGAAGAUUCAAUUUUCAACUCGAUCGACAAGCAGUUUAAUGGAACAUGUUGAUGAUGAUAGUGUUUCAAUUGUAUUUAAUGCCUCUAGAGAUCAAUCAAGACAUGAAGAAAAAGCAAUCAAAACCUGUAUGGACUUGAGUGAUAAAUUGAGAGAGUUGCAAAAUGCAAAAUGGAUGCACAGCGAUAAGUCUCAUUCAAUAUUAGCAGCGAAUCAUAUUGUAUUUAGAUUUGCUAUUCACGUUCAACAUUGCCUUUGUGGUAAUGUGGGUACUGCAGAUAUUAGGUCUUUCAAGAUUUUAGGAUCUAUUUACGAGAACAUUUCAAACUUAACAAACCAUGCCUCUCAAAUGCAUCUUCGAAUUGUAUGUGAUGAAACAAUUUCCAAAAUUUCUCAAUCACUCUAUCAUACAAGAUUUGUUGGAUUUACUAAUUUCGUGGAUGAAGUUAAUACAUACAAAUCAAGCAAUGUUUAUGAGAUUGGUGCACCACUGUCAGUCUCUGAUGAUGAAUGGCUGUAUGAACUUGCGAACAAACAAAAGAACGAAGAAUGGAACGAUUACAAUAUGGCUUGUAAAGCUUUUUUUGCAACAAAUUUUGGGCUAGCGUUGUUGGGCUUUGAAAAGUAUGAACAGGGACACAGUCAUGAUUUACCUACCAAACACAUGAUUCAAUUGUGUAAGAAAGAGUUGCAUCAGGGUUCAUAUUUUGUUGCGUCAGAUUUAUAG